AUGGUAGCGAACCGGGAGGGCAGAUGGAAUGAGGACGGCGUGGAUGGAGGCCCGUCGUCGAUGGAGCUGCUACUAGUGUGGCUGAGGCGAGAUAACAAUGCAGUGUGGUGGAGAGAAGCCUCGGAGAAGCGGUUGCAGUCAACGAUGGCGCACGAGGUGCACGAGUUCUUUGUGGAUCAUGGCGUCACGCACCGCUCGCUUGUUAGCAAGGGGUUUUGGCGCGAGAAUGACAACGAGGAGGCGAAGCAAACGGUGUUACGGAUUUGUCCGGACUACGAAGUGGUCGCACCGUUGUUGCACUGCAACAAACCUCGUAUUACGACUAGUCCUCACGUUUACGGUCUUGAGGCAAGCAUUGCUAAGUCGUUAAGACGAUCAGCAAGGAAUCAAAAUAUUCGGCCUGUUGAUGCUGCUGCGUAA